UUUCACAGCAUUUGCUAACAUAAAGUGGUGUAUACUGUUUUAUCUACUUGGCGCGCAACUUUGUGACUUGAGGAACUUUUUCUCGCUUCUUAAGACCGCUGAAAAUAUACGACCAGAUAGAAUUUGUAAUACGUUUUCAUCAAAUUGCAUAUAACUUAACAUAUUCUCACAUGUAUGUGGUCAUCGGUUAUAGAGAAUCGUACAAGAAGGCUGUCAAGAAUGUCACCACCUUGCUGAAGCCUAGUGGAACACUCAUUCUUCAGACAUAUAUAGGUGCAAGUUUCUAUGUAGUUGGUGACGUCAGGCACCCAACGGUGAAGCUUGACGUGGAUUUCAUACUGCAGACGAUCUCUGACGCGGGCUAUGAUGACGUCAAGUGUUCGUACUAUCCUGCAGCUAAACGGGAGCACUACACGACUAGUGAUCUCACCGCUUUACUGCAUCUAACCGCUAAGAAAAUCUAAGGCAAUUAGAAGGUUCAUGGCUCCGACUGCUCAUGCGUUUCGAAUUACCUUGUGGGUGAUAUGUCCAAGGUAAAGGCCCCUUUAAAUACAUGUAAAAAUUUCUUGCAUCGACAUAAUGCAUGCUCAGCCGUGUUUUGUUUAUGUUUCAGGGGCCUUUACCCACAAUGCAUUUCUC